AGCGUAAAGGCACACGGUGCAGCUUUCAGUGUGACACAGGCAGACAGGCAGGCAGGCAGGCAAGCAGGCAGGGCCCACUGCUCCAGGUUGUCCAGUAAACUGCCUGCAGAGCUUCACGCAUGCUGUUGAUAUCAGGAUUUAGGAGCAUUAGGAGCCGAGCGUGAAGGAAAGGAAACGGCGGCGAGCGGUGGAAAGCAAAGCAGGACGGCAAACGAUUGAUUUGAGCUUUUUGGCACGAACGAGCGCCGCUCGGUUUGUGGUUAGUUAAUGGGGCAGUAAGGUAGGCUACCGCGGCUGUCGCCAGCACUACAACUUUAUUUUCUUCACGACUGAAGCGACGCACAGGCAGUGUGUAAUUGUCUUUCAGCAAGGCACAUCGCACGUCUUCGAGGACCAUGUCGGUUUUUUAACAGUGACUCCCAAUAUAACGUCCAUUUAUUAUAUAUUUUUUUAAUUAUUAUUACAAAGCCCGCGAAAGCUUAACUUGAUACGGCUUCACACCACAUGAGAGGUCGACGUCGAUAAGACCACAAACAAAGGCUCCGGUUUUUUGUUUUGUUUUUCAAUUGGAGUCACCUAAAGCUACGUUGGGGAAAUGCCUUCGGGUUUGUUCUGGAUGUGUCUGUGGUGUUUUCUUCGUCCUGGAGCCACCGGUCAAGGACAGUCGACCCCGGCUGUUUGUUCCCCCUCAUGCAGCUGCGAUGAAGAUGGAGGUGCCGACUGCUCCGGGAGAGGACUGACCACGGUCCCGGCUGCCCUCAGUCCUUUCACCUACUACCUAGAUCUGAGCAUGAACAACAUCACUGAGCUUCCAGCAAAUGUUUUCAAGAACUUCCCGUAUCUGGAGGAGCUGAGACUUGCAGGGAAUGACUUGUCCUACAUCCACCCUGAAGCCUUGUCUGGACUGCAUCAGCUCAAAGUCCUGAUGCUCCAGAAUAAUCAACUUAAGACAGUACCUGGCGCUGCCCUGAAGAACCUUCAUUUUCUCCAGUCUCUCCGACUAGAUGCAAACCAUAUUACUGCAGUUCCAGAUGACAGUUUUGAGGUUCUUCAGCAACUGCGGCAUCUGUGGUUGGAUGACAACGACCUUACAGAGGUCCCAGUUGGUUCUCUGCGGCACCAAGCAAACCUACAAGCGCUAACGUUGGCACUCAACCGCAUCUUGUACAUACCAGACAACGCCUUUGCAAACCUCACCAGUCUAGUUGUACUGCAUCUUCACAACAACAGAAUUACAGAGAUUGGCAACAAAUGCUUCACUGGUCUUGUGAACCUGGAAACACUGGAUCUUAACUUUAACAACCUAAUUGCUUUUCCCAAAGCAAUCGAAGCCCUGCCCAAACUGAAAGAACUGGGAUUCCAUAGCAAUGAUAUAACUUCCAUACCUGAAGGGGCUUUUCAUAACAACCCCUUACUAAGAACCAUACAUUUCUAUGACAACCCUUUGUCCUAUGUGGGUUCUACGGCUUUCCAGAAUUUGUCUGACCUCCACUCCCUGAUGCUGCGUGGAGCAGGCAUGAUGCAUGACUUCCCAAUCCUCACAUGGACAAACAACAUUGAGAGCCUGACACUGUCGGGGACCAGGAUAUCGUCUGUCCCCACGGAUCUGUGGGACGAUCUCAAGCUCCUAAGGACACUAGAUUUGUCCUACAAUGAGAUCAAGGAGUUACCAUCCCUUCAGGGCUGUGUCCAACUGCAGGAGAUAAGCUUUCAGCACAACCAAAUUGAGCAAAUAGGAAGGCAACAUUUUCAAGGUCUUACUGCUCUUCGUUUACUAGACCUGAGUAGAAAUAAAAUCAGAUUUAUUCACAGAGAUGCAUUUCUGACCCUUGCUGCUCUCACUAACCUAGAUCUGAGUAUAAACUCUCUGACUGUGCUUUCAAUGACUGGACUGAGUGCCCUCAGUCAGCUGAAACUCUCAGGGAACCCACAGAUGAAAAAUGUGCUGACUGUAAGGCAGUUACCCAAACUCAGAUCAAUUUCCCUUCCUUACGCCUACCAAUGUUGUGCAUUUGUGGGAUGUGAGGAAAGUGACGUCAAGCGAUCAGGAGGUGGAGAGGAGGUGGAACGAAUUUCAAUGAUUAUGCAUUGCUCUCCCUCACCAGGAGCUUUCAAGCCUUGUGAGCAUCUUUUAGGCAACUGGAUGAUUCGCCUGACAGUCUGGUUUAUCUGCCUAGUGUCGCUGGUUUUUAACAGUCUAGUGCUGGUUGCCACCUUCUCCCCCUCACACUGCACCUUAGGUCACUCCCACUGGUGGCCUCCAUCCAUCCCUCCAGCCAGGUUGUUGAUGGGGCUUCUCGCCUUGGCAAACCUGCUCACAGGUCUCUAUGUGGGUGUGUUAACUGUGCUGGACGUUGCUACUUGGGGAUCCUUCGCCGAGUUUGGUGUGUGGUGGGAAAUGGGAGCUGGCUGCAAGUUCACAGGCUCUCUUGCAGUCUUCGCGUCAGAGUGGGCAGUUUUGUUGCUCUUACUGGCAGCAGUGGAGCGCAGCGUUGCUGUGCGGGAUAUUCUCAGCAAAGAGAUGAUCUCACCCAGGAGGAGCAGCCUCGGCCGCAGAGGAUGCUGGAGACGAGAUCGCCGCUUCAACCUGGCAGCGUGGCUUCUGGGGCUAUUUGCCACCGCUGCAGCCUGUCUGCCUCUACUGACGUUCAGCGACCAGUCUGCCUCGCCUCUCUGCCUGCCCUUCGCUGGGGGUGAGAGUCCAGCACUGAGUGUCACGGUUGUUCUGGUGCUGCUGAACGCACUGGCUUACCUGUUCACGGCAGCCGUAUACACUCAGCUGUAUUGCCACCUUGGGAGGGUGGAGCUGGUUGACCCGGAACAGACGGGUGCCCUACGCCAUGUAGCUUGGCUCAUCUUCACCAACUGCAUCUUCUUUUGCCCCGUGGCUGCUUUUUCCUUCACCCCCCUCUUAACAGGAUCUACUGCCGGAGGCCCAGAGAUCGCCAAGUCCGUCAUUCUCAUUUUCUUCCCUCUGCCCGCGUGCCUCAACCCGGUUCUCUAUGUUUUCUUCAGCCCAGCCUUCAAGGAGGACUGGCUGAGGUUACGCAGCUGUGGUCGUUUAACCAGGGAGACAAAACAAACCGGAGGCGGAAGUCACGAAGAUGAUGGUGGUGACUCUGAUCUCUCGGGUGGAGGCUCCUCCGCUCAAUUAAACUUUGACUGUGGUGUUUACUCUCAACUUUGUGGAGAGAUGGUUGUGUGUGAAGAGUGUGAGGCCAGGCUGCAUGGAAAGACCUGCUCUUCCCCCUCUUCCUCCACAGUGUGCAGUCACUUGGUGAAGUCUCACAGCUGUCCCACCCUCUUGACAGGAGUGGCCACGUGCCAGCACGCUGAAGGAUUCUGGCCCGACAGUGGUACGUCGUCCGCUCAGUCGGUGUACGCCGACGAGGAGGACUCGUUUGUAUCUGAAAGCUCAGACCAAGUUCAGGCAUGCGGCAGAGCCUGCUUCUGUCAGAGCAGAGGCCUCCCUUUAGUACACUACUCAUACAGCAUACCUCGAGUCAAAGACUAAGGCCGCCUCAGCACUCCAUUCUGUGUGUGUGCAAAGAUCUAUGUAACAUUAGUUCACACGGGGACUCUUUACCUUUGGUGAAAGAUUACAGCAAGCACUUACUGUAUGUUUGUUUUCACUGUGUACACAGAGGCAAGCAAUCAUUUAAAGGGAACUUUGAAUUUAUUAUCUGUGGAGGAGAAGAUUCUGUCAAAAGCUGGUUGAUAAACGGACAUUGCAGAAGGUAUCUCACCACCUGUGCCUUCUUCUUGCCUUCGACAAGCCUCAAUAAGAGCUUUUUCAAUGUAGUUGGAAUCAUUGUAAGCCAUGUCAAAUGUUAAAACGCCUCUGCAGCAAAUCGUCAUUUUAUACUAUCGUUUUAUUUUUUUACAUCAAUGUAGCAAACAAUUGUAGAGUUUGUGAAUGUAUGAGUCUGUUUGUUGCCACCUUAAAGGUGAAUAAUGUGCUACCUGCCUGUGACUGUGACGGAACAGUGUGUUAAUGGUAUGAGAGGUUGUCGGUUUCUACUUAACACGUGUACUUGUAUUAAGUCACCAAGACUAAGAAUGUGAUCCAAGUAGCAGAUAUCACUGUUUAGAGCAACAGCUCCGCUUGCUUGUUUUGAGUGCUGGUCAAAACUAUUUAUUGUUUGAGCGACAGCAAUGUUUAAAUGGAGGUAGUGUCAUUUGUUUGAAAGGUAACCUUGUUCAAAUGUAUUUUUUUUAAUCCAUAAACUGGUAUAGUGGAACCUCAAUGUAAUGGACUAAUUGGGGGUAGGGGGGUCGUCCGUUAUAGCCAAUUGUCUGUUAGAUUGAAGCACUUUUUUUGUGUGUGCACCACUAUUACUGUACAGUACAGAUUUUUUUUUUCUUUCCCUGCGUACCCUAAAACACCCAGUAUAGUACAAAGUUCUUGGAAACAAAAUUUUGAAAAGUUUACAUUUUAACCAAAAUUUCCACGCCUGUGUGCUUGUUGUAGUGACUAGUGGCAAGUCGGGCGGGUCGCUUUCAUGAGCCACAAGGAAUUAGUGUGCUUUCUAUUUCCAAAAUCGGGUAAGAUUAGAUAGAUGCCGUAGGCCGUUCGGCGUGGCAGAUAAACUGUUACGUAGCAAAAAUACCAUGUCCCAGACUGCACUAUUGCUGCAGAGACAUCUCUUAAAGAAAAAAAUACCGCUCACGCAAUGCAGCGCUCUCUCUGUCUAGAACUCUGUUCGACAAUAGAACUCCUGCUAUUAUGGCUGCCACGUCAAUACAAUGCCUGGAAAUGUCGCCACAUUCAACAUGGGCUCCACAUAGGCACGGCUACUCUGUUGGCUGGAUCUAGUCAUUAAGCUUUACACGACCAGGAAACUUUUUGGGCACAUUGUUCAGUCCCGAUGGUUCCGUUUUAUCCGACAUGUAAUAUCGGUGUCUGUUUUUUAGAGGUUCCACUGUACAUGUAAAUUACCAGUAAUUUUUGCUCAUCUGACUGUUCCAAAUGCUAUGUGCCUGAUAAAAAAGACCCUUUGUUGUCAUGCCGUUGAUUAUGAUCAGAAAAAGACCAUUCAAGUGGUGAAUUUUUUAAUUUUAUUUUUUUUUUAUUUUAUUUAAUUUUUUUAAGCCAAGAACUGGUCACUUUAAUGCAGGAUCGUUCAUUGCUUUGCUGUUCAACGUGCACAUGUAUGAUCACACUUUAUUUUGAACUCGGUUGACAUUUAAAAGACCAUUUUAGUAAAGCAAAGUGUAAUUGCAUUGCGCAAAUUGCAGCCAAUCAAUGUUAAAAUGCUUCAGUCACUCAGAGCUGCAUAUAAUUAGAUUAUUACUUAAUUGAACAUUAAUUACAGUUCAGAACAAGUUAAUUAAAUAUUUGUUUGGGGGUGGACAUAGUUCAAAAUUAACAGGGAUAAUAUAAUGUCAAAGAGGGCUCUUCAAAUGUAAUCCACUGUACCAGCAACAUAGUUAUACUGUACUCUAGGAUAUCUGAUCAUAUUUCCAGUCGUUCUAGUCUCUUGCUGUGUAAGUGGUCUGAAGAGCAGUGGUCCAAUGGUCUGCAGAUUAAUCUCAUUUCUAAGCAUCUUCAAAUGUGACUGUGGGAUCCACCCUCAGAGCAUGUAUCUACAAGUGCUCAGGAAUGUAUCCAAAGGAACAUCUGUCUCCACCAUCAGACGAUCUUGUCCGUAAGUGAAUUUUUUUGUUGUUGUUUUACAUUUUUUUUAAAUUUCUUUUAAUUCUUUGGGGGGUACUCAUGUCAGCAUUGUCUUGACUGUCUUUGUUGUUGUCUGUCGCACUUGCCAAAAUGUCUUGAUUGUUCGACAUCUAGCCCAACUGGUGAAAAUUUAGUUAGGUCGAUGUUUAUAAAAAAUCUAGGUGUUCAUUUCUAUUUUUAUAACUCUCUAUAAAUUAUUUGAACAAAUAUAUUAAGACAGGGAUGCUACUCUAGGAAGCUACCUCCUCAGUUGUAGUUAGCAGCAGUACUUUAUAAAAGAAAACCCUUUUUUUCUUUUCUAUUCCUUCUGUUGGCAUCCCUGGCUUUAUGUUGACCUUGUGGGAGGAAUCUAUACUGUAUACUGUGAUUUUUAUUUUUUUUAAUUUUUUUUUUUAACUAAACUAUACACUAAGAGGUUUGUUUUAUAGAUCAAUGUGCAGAAAUAAUACAUGGAAAGUUUAUUGCUUGUCCUUUUCAUGAGAUCUUCCCAAGCUGUAUUGUUAUAUUUGCUCAUGUAGAAGAAAAAUGUGAAUAAAUCUGGACAAACAACCA